AUGUCCGUGGGCUUAACGCUCAAGGUGGUGGCCGGGCUGGCGGUCGCGGUUCUGGCAGCCGUGCUGCUCGAGAACUAUGGCCUGGUGGAGCGGACCUCACUCGUGGUGCCCGAGGCGCCCGAGGCGCCCAAACGCAUCCUGAGGCCCUUCCCGGCGCCCGGGGAUAAGAAUACUGGCAUCUUAUGGGGUCUGCAGAUAUCGGACCUCCACAUAAGCAAGUACUUUGACCGAGGCCGAGUCACAGACUUGGAGAAGUUCUGUUCGGAAACUGUCGACAUCAUCCGGCCCGUCAUUGUCUUAGUCACGGGUGACCUCACAGAUAGCCUGAAAAGGGAUCAUUUGGGAACCAUGCAACAUGAAGCAGAAUGGCAGGCUUAUCAAAAUGUCCUGAAGAAAACCAGAGUCACAGAAAAAACCAAGUGGCUAGAUAUCAGAGGAAAUCAUGAUUCAUUCAACAUUCCAGAUCUGGAGAGUAUCCAGAAUUAUUACAGGAGAUACUCUGCCUUGCGUAGACAUGGCCAAAUGCUUUAUACCCAUAAAACCCCCUUUGGAAACUAUUCUUUCAUCUAUGUGGAUGCUACUCUCAACCCAGGACCCAAGAAACCCUUUAAUUUCAUUGGAAUUUUAAAUAAGAAACAAAUGAAGGAGCUAACAUUUCUGUCUUGGAAGAGUAGACAUAGCAACCAUACUAUUUGGUUUGGACAUUAUCCAACAUCCACUAUCAUCUCUACAUCUCCAGGAAUACGAAUAUUAAUGAGUUCUGCCACAGCAUACAUGUGUGGCCAUCUCCAUUUACUUGGUGGACUGAUGCCUGUUUUGCACGCUCGACAUCCGAAAGGUACUCUGGAGCUAGAGCUAGGAGAUUGGAAGAAAAACAGGAGGUACAGGAUAUUUGCUUUUGACCAUGACCUCUUUAGCUUUGCUGACUUGAUUUUUGACAAAUGGCCAGUGGUGCUCAUCACAAACCCCAAAUCAUUUCGCUACAGCAGCUCUAAACAUGAGCCACUAGAGAAGCUCCUCUCUUCUACACAUAUCAGAAUCUUGACCUUCUCGCCAUCCUCCAUUAUGUCUGUUGAAGUUAAGAUUAAUGAAGUUUAUUUGGGGAAUGCUGUUCAUCUGUCUGGUCCUAUUUACAUAUUGAAGUGGGAUCCUGAAAAGUAUAAUAAAGGGACCCAUAAAAUAAAUGUAACUGUUAAGGAUUCCAAUGGAAGAAUCGGGUCCACUGAACACCAAUUUUCUAUAAAAGGAGACACUCCUAUUAAAUUCGACUUUAUGCCAUCAUACGUUCUCCUAACUGAUCACUAUAUUGUAGCCCGGGUUUUUUUUGUGCUGACUGUGAUGGUCCCACAACUACUCCUCGUUAUUUUCAGGUACUUCAGAGAAAUAAAACUGAAAGGAUCUCCAGGAUGUAUAUAUCUGGCUGUGUAUUCCUUUAAUAUUUUGAGCAAAACAGAUGCCUUCUACUAUACUGUGUCGUUUCUGAAUUUCUAUACUGCUUUGGGACCGUUGUUUAUUGGUGAAAUUAUCGAUGGCAAAAUGGGCUGCUGCUUUUCCUUUGGGAUAUUUGUUGAUGGGCAUUUCUUUCAAGGCAGCAUGACAUUUAUAAUUGGAAUUGUUCAGAUGCUGCUUUUUAAUUUACCCCUUUUGGCCUAUUUGUGUUGGACCUUGUUGCUGCGGUGCCAAGGUUACAACUUUUCCUCUCAUCUCCAUGGAAGAUACUGCAAGAUUCUACCUGUCCAUAUCAUCAUGCUGCUGUUAUAUUUAUGUCAACUUUUUAACUGUGCUUUGCUCAAGUGGACCAAUGGCACUGUGGCCCUUCUCUUCUCUCCCAUGUAUGCCUGGUUUGCUCUUUUAGCCCCGAUUAUUAUUCAUUGGGCAUGGAUCCUGAGCCCCAAUGAUAUCAGAAGCUUCAUAAUGGAACUCAGAAGCUAUCAGAGUACCUUGAGACAAUGAAUAGCGUGCAGUGGGGCAGAGCUUGAGCCAGCUGACCGACGCCUGGAGGCCCAGAUGUCCUCCGAGGAGGCCAGUCCAGUGGCUAUGCGCCCCGAAGCAGAUGAGAAGGCUGUCUGGCCCUGCUGCUUAACGAUAGACUUGACUGCUGCUGGUGGGCCACAUGCUGAUUCUCUUCGAAUGAACCUCCAAAACAGGCCCCUAAUUAAUGCUGUGAUUGCUGCUUUUUGCUGUUUAUUCCCCAUGGAAGCCAAAGGAUGAACUGAACUUUAUGGAAUGAAAAUACCGCCGUAUUAGGGCACCCUCGGAUUGGAGGUCCGCUGGGAAGGUGGCGCCGGGCUCUGGGGCGCCCCAAACUAGCACCCAGUCUGCUCUGUACGUCCUGCUUGCCCGCCCUGGGGCCCGCCACACUUGGGUUGUAGAUGGUUUAAUUGAAUUUCAGGUUUUCUAGCGUCUCUGCCUCCAGUGAUGGAAUUGUUUCACUCUAAUCAAAUAAAUGGAUAAACAGUU